AUGACUUCUCCGUCAGUGCUCCGCGUUUGGCGACAUCUUUUUGGGAGCAUCACGGGGAGGAGGAGGAGUCUUAGCAGCAGCAGCGGCGGCGGUGGUAGUUUUUCGAGAUGCGAAAGCGGCAGAUUUACGAGAAUUACGGGAGAGAAGAAAGGAGGAGAACGCUCCGUCGCGACGACAGCGACGACGACGACGACGACGACAGCAAAGAGUGAGGAGGGAGUGAGCGAUGCUUCCGAUGCAUCGUCGGUGACUGCGCGGCACCCGACGUCGACGUCGUCGUCGUCGUCGUCGUCGUCGUUCUUGCCACCUCCACCGAUAGCACCAACAACGCGAGUGAGCGAAACUCGAGUGUAUUAUCCAGGCCAAACGUACGAUCCGAGCGAACUCGAGGGUUCAUUCGCAUCCGUGGCACCGUCAGCGAGUCAAAAAACCCGAAGAGUGUUGAAGAAAGGGAAAGAUCUAGACGCGUUUGUCGCGCGAGCCAUUGACUGGAAAGACGCGAAGAUGUUAUCGACGCGAUUCGUUUCGGAAACUGGGAAAAUCGUGCCCCGAAGACAGACAGGUUUGGGCGCAAAAACGCACAGAUUGGUAGUAAAGAAUAUAAAAAUUGCUAGAAUCAUGGGCGUAUUGCCAUUUACGGAUCGAUUACCCCAAUUUGCGAGAAGGAGAAAGAAUCCUUACUCUUAA